CCGCAUCUCCCCAUCCGCCAUUGCCCUUGACUCGUGCUCCCUGCCUCUCUUCUCCCCCGAGACCCCCUCUCUCUCUCUGUGCGCGCGCGCGCUCGUGCUCCCUCUUCCUGCUCUUCCUUCUGCUUGGCAGCCAUGGCCAGCGCGCUAUGCGGCGGCGGCGGCAGCGUGGCGGCGCCGUGCGGGGACUUGGGCGCCGCGGCGGCGCUCGCGGAGUCUUUGCCGAUGGGCGCUGGGUACCGCUCCAAGAGCUCCUUCCCCGCCGGGAGGGUGGCGCUGGCGGACAGGCCCCUGCCCCGGAGCCUCCAAGCGGCGGCCGCUGCUGGACAGAUGAACGGGAACCUGACGAUUGGCAAGGCCAUGAGGUGGUGGGAGAAGGUGACGCACCCCAACAUGAGGGAGGUCGAGUCCGCGCAAGACCUCGCCUACUCCCUGCUCAACGCCGGCGACAAGCUCGUCGUCGUCGACUUCUUCUCCCCCGGCUGCGGUGGCUGCCGCGCUCUCCACCCCAAGAUUGCGCAGUUCGCUGAGCGGAAUCCGGACGUGCUGUUCCUGCAAGUCAACUACGAGAAGCACAAGUCCAUGUGCUACAGCCUCCAUGUCCAUGUCCUCCCUUUCUUCAGGUUCUACAGGGGAGCUCAGGGCAGGGUCAGCAGCUUCAGCUGCACCAAUGCAACCAUCAAGAAGUUCAAGGACGCCCUCGCAAAGCACUCGCCGGACAGGUGCAGCCUCGGCCCGGCACGGGGGCUCGAGGAGGCGGAGCUCUUGGCUCUGGCUGCAAACAGGGACCUGGAAUUCACCUACAACGAGAAGCCGACGCUGGUGCCGAUCGCCGAGGCCAUCCAAAUGGAAGCUGCCUCCAUUGGCGGCCCAUGGAUGCCAUUGCCUGCGGCCGCGACGCAGCCUCUCACUCUGGGAUCUGAGAAUGGCUCGCUGAUCCCCUCUGGAAGAUAGUAACUCGAGACCAGGCCGAAUCCGGCCAUUUCUGUACAGAUUUUCUUCUUUUGUUGUGUGUUGUAUUGAAUUCGAGAGGCAGAAUCGCAGGCUAAGGUUUUAGUUUUUGUAAACCUGCCGAAGCUCUAUUGUGAUCGUGUUGCUGCAACUAGCCGUUGCUCAUCAAUGCAAUCCUUGGUUUAAUGAAA